CUUUGAUCUCAAAGCAGUAGGAGAGUAUUGUACCCUUGCUUAUACCUAUGAAGGGCCGAUUAAGCUAAGGAAUCCACUACAGCGCUUGAGAGCUGGUAUGAAACACGUUUAGUCUCCAGUGUCAUUCCAGAGUGAAUGACAGGCAGAGUAAUGAAUGGACGGGUGUCACUAGCUGAAAAAGCCUUAUCUGAGAGCUAUGCCAGGCUUCGUUACAGGGACACCUCGUUGCUCAUCUGGCAGCAGCAGCAGCAGAAGUUGGAGUCUGUCCCACCUGGUACAUACUUGAGUAGAAGCCGGAGUAUGUGGUACUCGCAGUAUGGUAAUGAGGCCAUUCUGGUACGGGACAAAAACAAACUGGAUGUCUCCAGAGACACUGGGCAAUCAAAGUUUUGCAUUAUUAUGUAAUUUUAAGAGAUCUGUACAUGGCAAAUAAAUACAUGAAAGAACCUGUGCUAGGCCUCAGGCAAGUUCUAAACAGCAUUUUCAUUCAAUAGCCACCAUUAAUAUUAAUGGCAGGUCUGGUCACAUU